GCAGAACUUAGGAAAUUGUCUGAAUUCUGUAAUUUUGGAACUUAUUUAGAGGAUAUGUUGAGAGAUAGACUUGUUUGUGGCAUAAAUGAUGAAAGAAUUCAGAGACGUUUGUUAGCAGAAGAUUCCUUGAAAUUUGAAAGAGCAUGGGAAUUGGCACGAGCAAAAGAGACUACAGCUAAGAAUACAGCAGAUUUACAACUUCCUUCUGGGAAUCCUACAUCUUCUAUUCACCAUGUAAAUCACCAUAUUCAGCGGGGUGGACAUGGGAUCCAGAGGGGAAGAGGAAAGUAUUCAAGUUAUAACCAUAAUGGAGACUGUUUUCGCUGUGGAGGUAAACAUUCAUCAUCUGUUUGUUUUUACAAAGAUUCAGAGUGCUAUAUUUGUCAUCAAGUUGGACAUAUUGCUCAGAAAUGUAGAAACAGAAAUCAUGGGAAGCCACGUACUCCCACUAAUCAUCGUCCAAGUAGAGGUCGAGGUCCACACCAAGGCAGCCGAGGCAGUCGUGGUUCACAGUCGCAGAGAGGCCAUAGAACAAAUUUUCGUGCUGGGAUGGAGAGUUCUGAGGAACAAAAUAUGGAUUUAGCACAUAUGGAUCUAUACAGUGAGAGUGUUCAAGAGGACGUUGGAUACAAUAUGUUUAUUUUGGAGGAAGAAAGAAGUGACCCCUAUGUAAUCAAACUGACAGUGAAUGGACAACCACAAGAGUUCGAACUGGACACAGGAGCUGCGGUUUCUGUAGUGGAUGAAUCAACAUUCAACUAUUUGAAUGAGAAGAAAAAUCUUGAGGUUCAACAGUCUGAGGACAAGUUUAGAACAUAUUCGGGAGAAGUGAUCAAGGCGGUAAGAGUUUGUGUUGUGCCAGUGAAGUACCAUAACCAGGUUCUUAACCUGCCUCUUCGCAUCACUAAAGGGAAGCGUCCAAGUUUGCUGGGACGAAACUGGAUUAAAGUGCUCCAACUUGAGCCAAGGGAUAUUGCGAGGAUAUUCACUUUAGAGCAAAGCAAGAUGGUGGAAAUUAACCAAAUACAAUCAAAGUCGGUCGAAGUGUCUGAGGAACUUCACGGCAUUGUAGAAAAGUAUCCAACUUUGUUUUCUGAGGGGUUAGGAACGUUUAAAGGGGUAGAAGCAAAACUUUAUGUGGAAGCUGAGGUGAAACCACUGUAUUUCAAGGCUCGUCCAGUGCCUUAUGCCCUGAAGGAGAAGAUUGAGAAAGAAUUGGAUAAGUUACAAGCAGAAGGUACCAUUGAACCUAUAGAGUUUUCGGAGUGGGCUGCUCCCAUUGUUCCGAUCGUCAAGAGUGACAUGGAAAUUAGGAUCUGUGGGGAUUACAAAGUGACUGUCAACAAGGUUUCAAAAUUGGAUAAUUACCCCAUACCCAAGACUGAUGAUUUGUAUGCAACACUUGGAGGUGGCGAAGAAUUCACAAAAUUGGAUUUAAGUCAAGCGUACCAACAGAUUAAGUUAGAAGAAACUUCCAAGAAGUAUGUGACAAUCAACACACACAAGGGACUGUAUAGAUACAACAGGCUACCAUAUGGAGUAUCUUCAGCACCAGGAAUAUUCCAGAGAAGUAUGGAAAAUCUAUUACGAGGACUUCCCAGGGUGUUAGUGAGAGUGGAUGACAUUCUAAUCACGGGACGUAAUAGGAAGGAACAUUUGGCUGCACUAGAUAAGGUGUUACAGAGACUGGCCGAGGCAGGAUUGAAACUCAAACGCAAAAAGUGUAUCUUUCUUGCGCAAGAAGUGGUAUAUUUAGGCUACAGAAUUGACAAAGAAGGAAUACAUCCAGUACCAGAAAAGGUUAUGGCAAUUAAAGAAGCUCCAGAGCCUACUUCAGUGACAGAACUCAAAAGUUACCUAAGAAUGCUUAACUACUAUGGAAGGUUUAUGAGGAAUCUCUCAACCAUAUUAGCACCGCUGCAUCAGUUAUUACAGAAGAAAUCAACAUGGUCAUGGGGACCUGAACAGCAGAAAUCCUUCAAUAAAUCCAAGGAAUUGUUGUGUUCAGCCGACGUUCUAGUACAUUUCGACUCAUCAAGGGAGUUAAUACUGGCAUGUGAUGCUUCACCGUAUGGAAUUGGUGCCGUACUAGCUCAUCGUAUGGAUAAUGGUGCAGAAAGACCAAUCGGAUUUGCUUCCAGAACUUUGAAUGCAGCAGAGAAGAAUUAUUCUCAACUUGAGAGGGAAGGAUUAGCCAUAGUGUUUGCAGUGAAGAAAUUUCAUCAAUAUUUGUUUGGACAUUGUUUUACCAUAGUGACUGAUCAUAAACCACUGUUAGGACUAUUUGGAGAGACCAAGGCAGUUCCAACCUUAGCGGCAUCACGCAUACAGAGGUGGGCGUUGACGCUAGCAGCAUAUGAGUAUACACUGGUAUUCAAGGCUGGAAUCACCAACAGUAAUGCUGAUUGUCUCAGUAGACUUCCAUUGAGUGAGUGCCCAGACGUGGAGAAAACACCUGUACCAGCUGAUACUAUCAUGCUCAUGGAUUUAGUGAAUUCAGCUGUCGUUACAGUUAAACAUAUCAGAGCAUGGACCCGUACUGACGCUGUGUUGUCAAAAGUACUUGGAUACAUUCAGAGUGGAUGGCCAAAUCACAACGUAGAAGAAAGUCUGAAACCAUUCUUCAGCAGGAAAGAGGAACUUACUGCACAUGAUGGAUGUAUACUAUGGGGAAACAGAGUUGUGAUACCAUGUCAAGAUAGAAAUAUGAUGGUUAAUGAGUUGCAUCAGACCCAUCCAGGUAUUGUGCGCAUGAAGAGUCUAGCUCGUGGUUACAUCUGGUGGCUAAUGGAUGCAGAACUUGAGGGGUUUGUGAAGAAAUGUACAGUUUGUCAACAGAUGCAGCCUACACAACCCAAGGCUUAUUUACAUCCUUGGGAAUGGCCUGAGUUACCAUGGACGAGGAUACAUGUGGAUUAUGCUGGUCCGUUUCUAGGCAAGAUGUUCUUAAUUGUCAUAGAUGCUCAUAGCAAGUGGAUUGAAGUUGAACCAGUUUCAGAGGCAACGUCAACUUCAACAAUAGAGAAAUUACGAAGAAUGUUUGCAGUUCAUGGACUACCAGAAAUUCUAGUUAGUGAAAAUGGUUCUGUAUUCACCAGUGAAGAGUUUGAAUUGUUUCUGACAAUGAAUGGUGUGAAUCAUGUGAAAACUGCACCGUAUCAUCCUGCGUCGAAUGGACUUGCAGAGAGAGCCGUAAGAACAUUCAAGGAAGCAAUGAAGAAGAAUAUAGGAGGAUCAAUUGACACGAGACUGUCAAGGUUCCUAUUUCGAUAUCGAACAACACCACAAUCUUCAACCGGUACAAGUCCAGCAGAGUUACUCAUGGGGCGACGUUUGAAAACUCAUCUAGAUUUAGUUCAUCCUAACUUGUCUCAGAGGGUAAAAGCCAAACAGAUGAAACAGAAAGAAUAUCAUGAUCAACAUGCUCGAGACAGAGACUUUACCAUUACAGACUCAGUCUAUGUGAAGAAUUUUUCAUCUGGACUAAUUGAUACCCGCAACUGUAAGGGAGGAAAGUGGACCAGUUUCCUGUAUAGUCGAACUAUCUGA